GUGCCUGUGACAUUUGAUGAUAUCUCCAUCUACUUUUCCACUCCGGAGUGGGAAAAAACUGGAAGAAUGGCAAAAAGAACUUUACAAGAAUAUCACGAAGGGCAACUACGAGUCUCUCAUCUCCAUGGAUGAUGCCAUGAAUCAACCUGAUGUCUUAUCUCCUAUUCAGCCAGAAAGAGAACAUACUACAGAGGACCAGGCAGGACCAGAGGAAAGUGAGAUUCCCACAGACCCCAGUGAAGAGCCUGGCAUUUCAACAUCAGAUAUUCUGUCUUGGAUCAAACAAGAGGAAGAGCCCCAGGCUGGGGCCCCACAGGAGACCAAGGACAGUGACAUGCACGAGGGCACCUAUGCUGAUGAAGAACUUGUCCUCAAAGCUGAAAGCCUUGCCAGAGCCUCCUUGUGCCCAGAGCUUCCGGUCACCUUCUCUUCUCCACCACCAGCAGCAAAGGAUACUUUUUCAGAUGUGACUUUCAAAGGUCAGCCCUCUGCAUCCAUGGCACCUUUCGGGCGUCCGGCUGCCGACCUGGCUGAAGCCUCUGAGGGACAAGUGACUUUUACGCAGUUGGGUAGCUACCCCCUGCCACCUCCAGCUGGGGAGCAGGUCUUCUCAUGCCACCACUGUGGCAAGAGCCUCAGCCAAGACAUGCUGCUCACCCACCAGUGUAGCCACACGGGUGAGAACCCGUUACCCUGAGCCCAGUGCCCGAAACACCUCCCCCAGCAGGCCGACCUGGGCAGCAGCUCCCAGCCGCAUGCUAGCGAGACGCCCCCCACCUGUCCACACUGCGCCAGGACUUUCACUCACCCGUCCAGACUCACCUACCACCUUCGGGUGCAUAACAGCACCGAGCGCCCUUUCCCCUGCCCUGACUGCCCCAAGCGCUUCGCCGACCAGGCCCGGCUCAGCACCCGGCGAGCUCACGCCAGCCAGCGGCCCUUGCGUUGCGCCCGGUGCGGCCGGAGCUUCAGCCUGAAAAUCAGCCUCCUGCUCCACCAGCGGGGGCACGCACAGGAGCGGCCCUUCUCCUGCCCGCAGUGCGGCACUGACUUCGAGGGCCACUCAGCUCCGAUCCGCCACCAGACGAUCCACACGGGCGAGCGGCACCCGUGCACUGACUGCAGCAAGAGCUUGGUGCGCAAGGAGCACCUGCUGAACCACCGGCGGCUGCACGCGGGAGAGCGGCCCUUCCGCUGCGCGCACUGCGGCGAGAGCUUCAUCCGCAGGCACCACCUCAUGCAGCACCACAUCCACACGGGCGAGCGGCCCUACCCCUGCGCCUACUGUGGCAGAAGCUUCCGCUACAAACAGACGCUCAAGGACCACCUGCGCUCCGGCCACAGUGGAGGCUGCGGGGGUGACAGCAACCACUCCGGACCGCAGCCGCCUGACCCGCCGGGGCCCCUCCUAACCGGGCUCGAAACCUCUGGCCUCGCUGUUAACACCGAAGGUCUAGAGGCCAAUCAGUGGUAUGGGGAAGGGAGCGGAGGGGGAGUUUUGUAA